UAAUCUGUCUUUUUUUUUUUUUUUUAACAGCUAGACUUUGGGCGCCUUGAGGAUAUUCAGUUUGUACGUUUGAAUAUCCUGUCACCAUGUUCAGCAUAAAAUAUCAUUCUUGAUGAUUAUCCUCAGCAAGACAGGUGUGAGAGGAUUGCUAUUAUAUUACAAUCAUGGUGCAGAAAUACCAGUCACCAGUGAGGGUGUACAAAUACCCCUUUGAAUUAAUUAUGGCUGCCUAUGAAAGGAGGUUCCCUACGUGUCCCUUGAUUCCGAUGUUCGUGGGCAGUGACACUGUGAAUGAAUUCAAGAGUGAAGAUGGGGCCAUUCACGUCAUCGAAAGGCGCUGUAAGCUGGACGUGGACGCGCCCAGGCUGCUGAAGAAGAUCGCAGGAGUUGAUUUUGUUUAUUUUGUCCAGAAAAACUCACUGAAUUCUCGGGAACGUACUUUGCACAUCGAGGCUCAUAAUGAAACGUUUUCCAAUCGGGUCAUCAUUAACGAGCAUUGCUGCUACACUGUUCACCCUGAAAAUGAAGAUUGGACCUGUUUUGAGCAGUCUGCAAGUUUAGAUAUUAAAUCUUUCUUUGGUUUUGAAAGUACAGUGGAAAAAAUUGCAAUGAAACAAUAUACCAGCAACAUUAAGAAAGGAAAGGAAAUCAUUGAAUACUACCUUCGCCAGUUGGAAGAAGAGGGCAUAACCUUUGUGCCCCGUUGGACUCCACCUUCCAUCACGCCCUCUGCAGAGACAUCUUCAUCCUCCUGCAAGAAACAAGCAGCGUCCAUGGCCGUCGUCAUCCCAGAUGCUGCCCUCAAGGAGGGGCUAAGUGGCGAUGCCCUCAGCAGCCCCAGCGCACCUGAGCCCGUGGUGGGCACCCCUGAUGACAAACUAGAUGCCGACUACAUCAAGAGAUACUUGGGCGAUUUGACUCCGCUUCAGGAGAGCUGCCUCAUUAGACUUCGCCAGUGGCUCCAGGAGACCCACAAGGGCAAAAUUCCAAAAGAUGAGCAUAUUCUGCGGUUCUUACGUGCGCGGGAUUUUAAUAUUGACAAAGCCAGAGAGAUCAUGUGUCAAUCUUUGACGUGGCGGAAGCAGCACCAGGUGGACUACAUUCUCGAGACCUGGACCCCUCCACAGGUCCUUCAGGAUUACUACGCAGGAGGCUGGCAUCAUCACGACAAAGAUGGGCGGCCCCUCUACGUGCUCAGGCUGGGGCAGAUGGACACCAAAGGCUUGGUGAGAGCGCUCGGGGAGGAGGCCCUGCUGAGAUACGUUCUCUCCAUAAAUGAAGAAGGGCUAAGACGAUGUGAAGAGAAUACAAAAGUCUUUGGUCGGCCUAUCAGCUCCUGGACCUGCCUGGUGGACUUGGAAGGGCUGAACAUGCGCCACUUGUGGAGACCUGGCGUCAAAGCGCUGCUGCGGAUCAUCGAGGUGGUGGAGGCCAAUUACCCCGAGACGCUGGGCCGCCUUCUCAUCCUGCGGGCACCCAGGGUGUUUCCUGUGCUCUGGACGCUGGUGAGUCCCUUCAUUGAUGACAACACCAGAAGGAAAUUCCUCAUUUACGCAGGAAACGACUACCAGGGUCCAGGAGGCCUGCUGGAUUACAUUGACAAAGAGAUUAUUCCAGAUUUCCUGAGUGGGGAGUGCAUGUGCGAAGUGCCAGAGGGUGGACUGGUCCCCAAAUCUCUGUACCGGACUGCAGAAGAGCUAGAGAAUGAAGACCUCAAGCUCUGGACUGAGACCAUCUACCAGUCUGCAAGCGUCUUCAAAGGAGCCCCCCACGAGAUUCUCGUUCAGAUUGUGGAUGCCUCUUCAGUCAUCACUUGGGAUUUUGACGUGUGCAAAGGGGACAUUGUCUUCAACAUCUAUCACUCCAAGAGGUCGCCACAGCCACCCAAAAAGGACUCCCUGGGGGCCCACAGCAUCACCUCUCCAGGCGGGAACAAUGUGCAGCUCAUAGACAAAGUCUGGCAGCUGGGCCGCGACUACAGCAUGGUGGAAUCGCCUCUGAUUUGCAAAGAAGGAGAAAGCGUGCAGGGCUCCCAUGUGACCAGGUGGCCGGGCUUCUACAUCCUGCAGUGGAAGUUCCACAGCAUGCCUGCAUGCGCCGCCAGCAGCCUGCCCCGGGUGGACGAUGUGCUCGCGUCCCUGCAGGUCUCUUCGCACAAGUGCAAAGUCAUGUACUACACUGAGGUGAUCGGCUCCGAGGAUUUCAGAGGUUCCAUGACCAGCCUGGAGUCCAGCCACAGCGGCUUCUCGCAGCUGAGUGCUGCCACCACCUCCUCCAGCCAGUCCCACUCCAGCUCCAUGAUCUCCAGUGAAUGAAUUCCUGUGACAUCCUCAAGAGAUGGCCCCUCCUCACCUGGGACAGAAGCUGCCAGCACGUUUCCCCCAGGCUGCAUCGUGGCCCUCACGCCUCCUGUCACAGUCGAGAUGGUCUGUGGACUUAGGUCCUUCUUCCUCUGAGGAUUCAGAGGCCACCUGAGGAGCACCCUGUCCUGUGGGCAGACCCCCCCACUCCACGUGCUGUCCUGAAGUGGGGCUGGGGGCUCAGGAGGGGCUCUCGGGGACUCCGGGUGACUCCAGGAAAAUGCUGCCAUCAUUCAACGUUACUUCCUCUCUCCUCCUUUUCAAAUCUUUUUAAUACUUUUUAAGCUGGAUUUUUCUGUGUGUGAACUUGGGUGGGGGGGUUCCUGCCCUUUUUCCUUCCGCGCGUCGCCCCCUCACCUGCAGUCAGCUCAGCGUAGGCAUCUCCUCUGUGUCCUCCUGUGGCCGCCAGAGGCCGUCUGGGAACCAGCAAGUCGCACUUGCCGUUUGACACGUCCACAGGGUCUUAUUCAUAGCUAAGCAGCAUCUGCCACAUCCACGCCAGGGUGGCGUGUGGCCUGUAGGAGCCCUGCUUCUUUGUACAGGGAAUGAUGGACUCAAGUGUGUGUGUGCGUGCAUGUGCUGUGUGUGUGCAUGUGUG